AUGCUGACUUUAGUUUGCUUCAUAAAUAAUAAUAAAUGUCGGUUCAAACUUCAAACUCAUACACGAUUGUAGCAAGCUGUUUCACCUGUUACCGUUACGGAUUUGGUUUACAUUAGUAAUAAGAACUUUAAUAACCGUCGUUGUAGUCAGUUUUAUCGGUGACUGCAAAAAUGAUAACAUAACAUGCUUUCCGCUCGUGAUCAUUACGCCAAGUGCUGGAACUUUAAAUUGGAUAUUAAUUGUAGACGGUAUUCCCUUCCCGAUAUCUCGGACGAAAAUGCGGUGGAAAAUUCCUCGUUCACGCGUUUCCGCAAAAGCAGCGAGGACGUUUUAUCCAAACUGUUAAACGGUAAUGGUCCUGUAAAUGAUCGACCGCAGCUUCCCCCUGUUGUUAAGCAGCACAUCGUUAUGUCCGAGAAUGAUAUACGGGAGUUCGUGUACAGUGCCAAAGAUUUUGUGUGGAUGAUCUCAUAUAGUGAUUAUGUGUUCAACACGGAACCUCCUCCUUCUCAGUUCGACCUACUGUUGCAGUCCUCAUGGAAAAUUGCUACAGACAACAAUGUUUUCCGUUACAAACUCAAUACACUGGAAACGAAAGUUCUCCCAGGGAAACUCGGAUUCGUUGCCCAACUGAAUCCGCAGCGUGCGCUAGAAAGACGGGCUCCGCAGCCGUUUUAUAGCAUGAAAGACCCUUUCGAUCCCAGUCGAUUCAACUUCACGAAAAUAAAAAAGGACGAAAUCUUCUUUUCGUUGAACGGAAAUGGUGUUUCCAAGAAUCAGGAUGAAACGGCCGGAGACCGGACCACCGAAGAGGCGAAGGACUUUAUUAUAGCCAAUGUAAGUCCAUUGGAAUAUUGUAACAUUCUGUUGGUGCCGAAAUUACACGCAUGUCGUCCUCAAGUGGUCACCGUUGAUGCCCUUCGUCUGGCUAUGCACACUUUGCUCCUUAGCGGUACAUGGAGGCUCCGCGUGGGAUUCAACUCGCUGGGUGCCAUGGCUUCGGUCAAUCAUUUACAUUGUCAUGCGUAUUACUUGAAGUAUAAUCUCCCCACUGAAAGUCUGCCGGUGGAACAUCUUGCCGGUCCGUGUUUCGUUGUCCGCCAGUAUCCGGCAUCGGGAUUUGUUUUUCAGUUUCCUCCGAUUGUACGAAAAAGUGAAUCUCUGUUGGAGGAAUUAGACGUGUUCAUAUCCGAUAUGUAUAAAUUCAUCUGCGAACUGCAUCAACAAGAGAUUCCACAUAAUAUUUUUAUUACGCGUGGAAUGCCGUUGGACGCCAGUGUAUCGAGGAAGCAGCUGGUUAUUCGUUUUUACAUUUGGACCAGAGAAUUCUGUUACGGCGCGAAAGAUUCAGCUGCUUUCAAUGCUGCUCUGUGCGAGCUAUCUGGUCAUUUGCCUGUGAAAUCCGAGAAGGAGUUCGCGACUUUAACGGAAGAGGAAGCAUCUAAAGUUUUAAUGGAAGUUUCUCGAGAAACGUUUCUUAGAGCGAAACCGCUUGCUGAAACUAUGUUUUGUUUAGUAUAAGUGCAGUUUUGACAAUUCCUUUUGUAGUCAAGCCUCAGAUCUUUCUUUUUAUACGUUUUAAUUUUGUAACUUUCUAUGCAAACGUAUAUUUCUUUACAGAAGGAAGGAAGACUGUCGCCUUCGAUUAAAUUUAUAAAUGACAAUUCACAAUAAUCACAAAAAAAUCACAGACGAU